AUGGACCCCUUCGACUGCGUGCUCGUGGCCGCGCUCGCGACGUACGUAGCCGCAGCCGUCACCAUCUUGCUCAUCAAGUGGUUUCCGGCGCUCAACAGUCUCCUUCUCUACGGCAAAAACGUCGUGAUUAAAACAAACUCCAACCAUCACAACCCGUUAGAACGCUGUAUAGAGUGGGUGUUUGGGCUCACUGUGCCCAAGUCCUACUUCACCCACUUCUACCUCCUUUUGACGGCUUACUGUGCCGCCAUUCUGUGGGGCAUACCCCGGGUUCCCCAAGUCAGUACUCCAGGCUUGGAUCCCGAUGCUUUCAAGAAUUACAAGAUCAUCCACUACUUGCUCUGGGUACAAGGAGUCCGCCGUACUAUCGAGUGCUUCUGCUUCACCCGGUUUUCGCCAAGCUCGCCCAUCAAUAUCCUCCAUUAUUUGGUGGGUAUUAUGCACUAUACGCUUGUGAGCGUCGUCAGCGGAGUUGCGUUGACCCUACACAAGCUGGACCGGGUACUGGCGCUCACCACGGCCGAUAUUGUGCUCGUGAUAGCGUUUCUCGCUGUUUCGGUGCAGCAGUUCCGUCACCACCACCAUUUGGCAUCUUUGAAAAAGUAUUCGUUGCCCGCUUUCAAGCAUGUUGCGUGUCCUCAUUACUUUGAUGAGAUCCAGCUCUACACCAUAAUCUUUAUUCUCAGUGCCAAGGCCACGCCACAGACUCUUUUGGUACCAUUGAGCUUUUUGGGAUGUCUCGUGUUUGUUCUGAUCAAUUUGGGCGUCAGUUCGUUGGACAGCUACAACUACAACAACAACAUGCCUCGAAUAGAAACUGUGGUAGAAAUCCGCCCGGUUGGCGGCAUUCCGUUCAAGAUACGAUCGGUGGGCAUCGAAUUGAGAACCACCCAGAAGGUCAGCGUGCCGUCGACCAUCGGAUCCAACGAUACUACGCGUGAAUACAAAGUGUACGACGACCCAUUUGCGUACAGACCGCCCAUGGGCGAGUUCCACAGAGUGCUCUUGGGCCUCGACAUCCCGGUGAUGAUCCCGUUGCCCAAAGAUAUCAUUGCCAGCGGCAUGUUUCCCAACUGGAACGCGUCAACUGUCCAUACACUCUGCGUCAAGAUCUCGUGUGGUGACACCUACGACAGCGAGUUGACGUUCUUGGAGACGUUCCCCAUCGCCAUCAAGGUCUACGACACCUUGCCGUUGUAUCGACAGUUCAAUGAGCCGGUGGUGGAGUCCAGGGUCUCGGGUGACCAGCAGAUCUUGGUGGACCUCUCGCUUCCUGUUUCGUCUGUGGGGCCACGAGACGAGUUUUUGUUGAACACCAAGGUGCUGACCAACCACUUGCAUAAUAAAAUCAAGAAGAACCUCCGGCUCAACAAAUUGACCCUCCAGAUCAAGGAGAUAUUGGAGUGUCACGAAGGAGGAUUGCCCACGCGCAAAGAACUCAAAAUACACACCCAAACCCACACCCUCAACCUCGAGGACAGCCAGAUCAGCACCCAGGGCUUCGCGUACAACUUCCAAGUCCCAUUCCCGGUGCAAAACGACUAUCUCCAGUUGUUCACCAAUAACUACGAGAACAUCCAGAACGAGUACUACGAACAGCAACAUCAAUACGUAGACGACCAAACAACCCUCAUACAGUCGAUCAACAUCUCCAAAAAUAAGGUUAUUGACGAAUUGGACGAAGGGAUACCUUUGACCCACGUCCAGGGAUUUACCACCCUUGGCCGCCUCUUCUCGUUGAGGUACGAGGUCAUAUUCAAGGCCAAACUAUCACACAGCAAGGAUAUUGAGGUCAGGUUGCCCAUAACCGUCAGCCCCUAUGACCGUGUCAGUAGUGAUUAUUUAUUGCAGUGGAUAAUAAGGGAAUGCGAACAGGCCAGAAAUAAGUUUGGGAAACAAGUGAUCAAUGACAUCGUGAAUACCUCCAAGUACGACGAAGUUGUGACCAAGUUGAGCCGCUUCAACCCCCCACCUGUCAUCUAUAGAAACAUAAAACCUGAUUGGGUGCGAUUGGGGUACAAUGAGCUCGCUUUCGGAAAGAAUCCCAGUGGCAAAGCAUUGGUGCAAUAUAUUGACUAG